CCCCCUCGAUAUACUCUCUGUUAGCUAAUACGUUACGUAGUCAGCUAGGGCUAGGGUUACGAGGCCUAGCACCAAAGCUCAUGGGCACAACAGCAGGGGCAGUGGGUUUGGUAGGCCUUGGACUUCUAGGGCAGGAUACUAGGAGUACUGCAUACAAGCCAAGCUGCUCUUACUGGACUAUGAAUAGGGUAUAUUGUGAUACACCAGCCUCCUUCGCUCGUUACAGUAGUAGUAUAAGACAGGGCCUAUCUGGUGCCGUAGCUGAUGUUAUUGCCCCGCGGCAGGUUGAAGGAGUUGCAUCAUGUAGUACUAUGCUAGAACCACGAGCUCAUACCACACCCAGGCUGGAUAAGGCCAACGAGCCUAAACUAUCCUUCUUACAGCGAUUGCUACGUUCUCUAUGGAGACUAAUUCAAUUAUUCUUCCGAUUCGGACCAUGCUUGGCCACCUCCCCUAUACUCUUCUUGGGUAUUGGGAAAUGCAAUAAUUGGUGGUGGCAAUGGCUCGUUCAUUGUAUUGAGAGAAGUGGUCCUGCCUUUAUUAAGCUAGGACAAUGGGCUGCUACUCGUAGAGAUCUCUUCAAUGAUACCAUAAUAUCAUAUCUAUCACAGCUACAUACCCAAGUACGGCCUCACUCCUAUAGGGAUACACUACUGCAGCUAGAUGAGUCCUAUGGCCCUGAAUGGCGUACAUGGUUAGAGAUCGAUCCAUCAGUGAUAGGUAGUGGGUGCAUUGCUCAGGUGCAUCGGGGUACACUACUACACAAUGGUCAUCAUGAUGUAGCAGUGAAGGUAUCCCAUCCAGGAUGUCAGGAUAUUAUCAAUAUUGACCUUGGUAUACUCAAAGCUCUGGGACAUGUAGCUGACCAUCUACCUUUCCUAAGACAUCUAGGUGUAUCGGACAUGGUAGAGCAGUUCUCUGACUUUCUGUUAUCCCAGACAGACCUAAGACUUGAGGCUGCCAAUAUACAGAGGUUCAAUGAUAACUUCAAGGAUUAUACCGGCUCUAUAAGGUUCCCUACAGUCUACUCGGACCUCACCACUAAAACUGUUCUUAUUGAGUCAUUCGAAUCUGGUGUACCCAUAGGCUCAUUACUAUCUACCAAUGGUCAGGUGGUGAAUGAUGAUGAUGUUAUAAUUGACAGGAUGAGGGUGUCAAAGAGGGAGAUCUGCAAGAUGGGUGUUAAGGCGUUCCUGCAUAUGCUCUUCAUUGACAACUUUAUACACGGUGAUCUACAUCCAGGCAAUAUCCUAGUACAAGUACCAACGAUGACUGAUCCCAGUGAUACUAGUGCUAAUAGCCAUGCGGCCGCUGCGGGUACAGUGAGAUUGGUGUUCUUAGACUGUGGUCUGGCUAAUGAGCUCUCUAAUAGAGAUCUUACCAACUUUGUUGACCUAAUGCAUGCUAUUAUGAUAGGAGAGUCUACUGAGGUUGGCCGUCUUAUGAUUGAUCGCUCCAGAUCACCUCCUAAUACUGUAUACAAGCCCGAUGAGUUUAUAAAAGGG